AUCUAUUAAUAAAAAAAUUAAAAUGUAAAUAUAAAUAGAAAGCAAAAAGCAUCGAUCAUGGAAGUGUUCAGUUUCGGUUGCAGCAGUUACUGUUGCAGUUGGAGCACAACCGUCCCUGCGAUUCCAUCGAAGUUCGCGUCAACACUUAACCACCAUCUUCUCCUUCUUCGGAACACCAAUACGCGACCGUUUCCAUCUUCACAAUCACUCAUCACUCUCAGAAGAAAAAGGAGAUUUUGUGAGAAGUUUUUAGCUAAAAUGGCUAAUUAUGAAGGAAAGACAGUCACUAGUGAUGGCACUGGUGUCAGCUCAGGGAAAAUGAUUUACAAGCCUAUUUUGGGAGAUGGAGUCUUCCGAUUUGACUGUUCUGUAAAUGAUAGAGAUGCAGCAUUUCCCAGCAUUUCUUUUGUGAAUAGCAGAGAUCGAGACACACCUAUAACUAGUGACAAGGUUCCUGUAUAUACCCCUACUUUUGAGUGCCUGCUGGAGCAGCAGGUUGUCAAACUUGAGUUCCCUACAGGUACUUCUCUCUACGGAACUGGAGAAGCUAGUGGGCAGCUUGAAAGGACAGGGAAAAGAGUUUUCACGUGGAACACAGAUGCAUAUGGUUAUGGUCCUGAAACUAUGUCCUUGUACCAAUCACAUCCAUGGGUGUUAGCUAUUCUUCCAAAUGGGGAGGCAUUAGGAAUUCUUGCUGAUACUACAAAGCGUUGUGAGAUUGAUCUGAGAAAAGAAUCAACAAUACAGUUUGUUGCUCCAUCCUCAUAUCCUGUCAUUACAUUUGGGCCUUUUGCUUCACCCACAGCUGUUUUGAUAUCUCUAUCAAAAGCCAUAGGGACCGUGUUUAUGCCCCCCAAAUGGUCAUUAGGCUAUCAACAGUGCCGUUGGAGCUACAUGUCUGACCAGAGGGUUCUGGAGGUAGCAAGAACAUUCCGGAAAAAGUCUAUACCUUGUGAUGUGAUAUGGAUGGAUAUCGAUUACAUGGAUGGUUUUCGUUGUUUCACCUUUGACAAGGAGCGUUUUCGUGAUCCCAAGUCUUUAGCAGAAGGCCUCCAUUAUAAUGGUUUUAAAGCUAUUUGGAUGCUUGAUCCUGGCAUUAAACAGGAAGAAGGUUAUUUUGUAUAUGAUAGUGGUUGUAAAAGUGAUGUUUGGGUCCAAAAGGCAGAUGGAACACCUUUUGUUGGGGAGGUGUGGCCUGGGCCUUGUGUCUUCCCUGACUAUACACAGUCAAAAGUUCGUUCAUGGUGGGCUAAUCUAGUUAAAGAUUUCGUUUCCAAUGGUGUUGAUGGCAUAUGGAAUGAUAUGAAUGAACCUGCUGUUUUUAAGGUUGUAACAAAAACAAUGCCUGAGAACAAUGUUCAUAGGGGAGACAGUGAACUUGGCGGUCAUCAGAAUCAUUCUUUUUAUCAUAAUGUUUAUGGUCUGCUAAUGGCAAGAUCAACGUACGAAGGUAUGAAACUGGCAAACGAAAACAAACGACCAUUUGUUCUCACCAGAGCUGGAUUCGUUGGUAGCCAAAGGUAUGCCGCAACAUGGACUGGAGAUAACCUUUCAACCUGGGAGCAUUUUCAUAUGAGUAUCUCUAUGGUACUUCAGUUGGGACUCAGUGGUCAGCCAUUUUCUGGUCCUGAUCUUGGGGGAUUUGCUGGAAAUGCAACACCUAGGCUUUUUGGAAGGUGGAUGGGUGUAGGUUCCUUGUUUCCCUUCUGCAGAGGUCAUUCUGAAGAAGGCACAAAAGACCAUGAACCCUGGUCUUUUGGGGAAGAGUGCGAAGAAGUUUGUCGAUUGGCAUUGAAGAGGCGCUACCGCCUUAUCCCACUUAUCUACACACUUUUUUAUUUUGCUCAUACAAGGGGCACUCCAGUAACAACACCUACUUUCUUUGCCGAUCCAAAAGAUCCUAGUCUGAGGAAACUUGAAAACUCAUUUUUGCUUGGACCAGUUUUAGUAUAUGCAAGCACCUUACGCAAUCAGGGGUUGGAUAAGCUGGAGUAUACUUUGCCUAAGGGUAUUUGGUUGAGUUUUGACUUUGGUGAUGCACAUCCGGAUUUGCCAGCUUUAUAUUUAAAAGGUGGAUCAAUUAUUCCUGUGGGUCUCCCUCUGCAACAUGUUGGAGAAGCUCGUCCAUCAGAUGACUUGAUGCUUCUUGUGGCCUUAGAUGAACAAGGGAAAGCUGAAGGUGUUCUAUUUGAGGAUGAUGGUGAUGGAUAUGAAUUCACCAAAGGCAAUUAUUUAUUAACACAAUAUGUGGCUGAACUUCAGUCAUCGGUUGUUACUGUGAGAGUACAAAAAUCUGAAGGAUCAUGGGGAAGACCCAAACGCCGCCUUCAUGUUCAAGUAUUGCUAGGUGGGGGUGCAAUGCUUGAUACCUGGGGCAUGGAUGGAGAAGUUCUGCAAGUUAUUCUGCCUUCUGAAGAGGAGGUAUCGAAGUUAGUAUCUACAAGUGAGAAGGAAUACAAGGAACGAUUAGAAGGGGUAAUUCAGAUUCCUGAUGCAGAGGAGCUUUCUGGACCCAAGGGGACAGAGCUUUCAAGAACUCCCAUUGAACUGAAAAAUGGUGAGUGGGUUCUUAAAAUUGUUCCCUGGAUUGGCGGCAGAAUCAUUUCCAUGGUGCACAUUCCUUCAGGAACACAAUGGCUGCAUAGCAGGUUAGAAACCAGUGGAUACGAGGAGUAUAGUGGUACAGAGUAUCGAUCUGCUGGAUGUUCGGAGGAAUACUCUAUCAUUGAUCGAGAACUUGAGCUUGCAGGGGAAGGAGAAUCUAUGGUAUUAGAGGGUGAUAUUGGUGGAGGAUUGGUUCUUCAGCGGCAGAUCUAUUUUCCAAAGAAUGCUGUUAGCAUGUUUCAAGUAGAAUCAAGCAUAUUAUCCCGCAGUGUUGGAGCUGGUUCUGGAGGAUUCUCAAGGUUGGUCUGCUUAAGGGUUCACCCAACAUUUGAUCUUUUGCACCCAUCAGAAUCUUUUAUUUCUUUUACCUCAAUUGAUGGAUCAACGCAUGAAGUGUUUCCCGAAAGUGGAGAGCAAUCUUUUGAAGGAGACCUUCUUCCAAAUGGUGAGUGGAGGCUCAUUGAUAAAUGUCUUGGAUUGGCGCUGGUCAAUCGAUUUAACGUAACUGAGGUUUUCAAGUGUCUGGUUCAUUGGGAUUGCGGCACGGUCAACCUGGAGCUAUGGUCUGAGAGCCGGCCCGUUUCAAAUCAAUCCCCUCUCAGAAUUUCCCAUCAGUACGAGGUCGUGAGAAUCCCAUGAUUAUUUCUAAACUGCUCACUGCACAAGGUAUCCGCGUGUUAAGAGCAGCAGAACAGUGCUAAUAACUUGCAUAUAAAACAUUGCAGCUAAAUCAAAAGGUGCCUUCCACUUAACUGUACGUAUAUAUGUUUGGAACUUUAGCGUGAAAUUGGGAAUGGAAGUAAGGAAUAAAGGAAGGACUGGGAAUAGUGUAUCCCAGAUGGCCUAAUGUAUGCGAUGUCAUGUUUGUUCAAAUGCAACAAAAAUUGCUAUCUUGGAACCUAAA